GCUCUGCCCGCAGCAGCCCGCGGCGUGUCGGCCGGCUCUCCAUGGUUGUACCCGGGCUCGGCCCGCGACAGCGGGGUUGAUUGCGGUCAGCCGGAGGUGUACAGUCUGAGACAGCUCCUGUUUUUAUGGCUGUGUACGUGGAUCAUCGAACAGCUGCUCCUGAUUCUGUUGCCUCCCCUUCCCAUAUAGCAUGGCACCCACUUCAUCCACUCCUGGCAGUUGCUUCCAUCAGCACAACAGCUGGGGGCUGUGUGGAUAUCUACCUGGAUCAGGGAGAACAUGUGCCUGAUUCCCAUGUUGAGAGAAGCUUUCAGGUCACAUUACUUGCCUGGCACCCUUCUAGACCCAUUCUGGCAUCAGGAUGGGAGACAGGAGGAGUUCUGAUACUGAACAAACAAGACAAGGAGCAGCACACUGUACCCUCAAAUCACAGUGCCAAAAUCACAGUCCUGAGCUGGAGUACAAGUGGUACCUGCCUUGUGUCUGGGGAUGGGCACGGUGUCUUGUUUCUGUGGAAGAUGGACCAUCGGGGCAGAGUACAGGGUCCUGCCCUGGUUAAACAGGAGUAUGGGAAGUGCUUGUGGCACUGUGUCUUUUGGCCACCCCCUCCUAGCAAGGACUUUGUACAGCUGGCAAAAGCAGCUGUGAGUGGUGAUGAGAAAGCCUUGGAUAUGUUUAACUGGAAGAAAGCUGGAAUACGAUUGCCUCUGAAAACUGCACUCCAGGAAGGAGUCUCCUUCUUUAUCACUUUGACAGAUGGUUCUGUGCACUAUGUGAAUGAGAAAGGGAGGUCAAGGCAGGUAUUGUCUAUGGAUAGUCUGGUCCAAAAGCUCCUGUUGCUAGAGGAAAGAGAUGUUUUACUUGUAAUAACAGAGACUCUGCAGUUGUCCUUACAUGCAGUUUAUCCUGAGGGAGAAGCAGAAGAGCUCAUGAAGCACCCUCAGAGGGAGGAGGAGGAAAGCAAAGCAACAGGCACCAUGGCCAUUCAAACUGCAGCUUAUCCACAAGAACAACCUGUGGUGAAGUUGAGUGGGAAGACUGGUCAUUCUGCAGACAUGAUUCUGGUAGACCACAGCCUGAUUGUUACAGCACUAGGUGAGACAGUCAUCAGGUUCUGGGAUUUGGAUCAAGAUGAGAACUAUGUGCUCUCUCUAGAUAUGCAAUUUGGCUUUGAGGGGGGAGAAUGUAUUAACUGUGUAUCUUACUGCAGUGCUAAAGGUAUCUUGGCAGCUGGAACUAGCAAGGGGAGAGUAGCAAUGUGGAAGAAAGCAGCAGGAUCUCAUCAGAGCACAUGGACUUUGGAGGGCAAGGAGAAGUGGAAGUUCCAGGCAUCUACAGAACUUGAAGGAAAUGUCACUCAGAUAAAGUGGGGGUCCCGAAAAAACCUGCUGGCAGUGAACAACAUCAGCUCUGUGGUGAUCCUCAGUGAGCAGACCAUGUUGGCACAUUUUCAUCAGCAGGUGGCUGUGGUACAGGUGUCUCCCAACCUCUUCAAUGUGAUGAUCUUCAGCACAGGAACCACUCAUAGCCUUCGUCUUGAUAUGAAUGCUAGUGGAGUCUUUGCUACUCAGGAUGCUAUAGUAUUCUGGAAUGGGAAACAAGUGGCUGUCUUUGAGUUCUCAGGAGAUACCUUUAGAAGUGCAGGCUCUUUCUUUUGUGACUCUCCAGUUCUAUCUGUUCAUGGAGAAAAUCUGUACACAGUGGAGCCGUAUAGGAUCCAGGUCCGCACCUGGCAGGGUACAGUUAAACAGCUGCUUGUGUUCUCUGAAGCAGAGGGGAAUCCUUGCCUUCUGGAUGUCUGUGGGAAUUUCCUGGCUGUGGGAACUGAUCUGGCUCACUUGAAAAUCUUUGAUCUCUCACGCAGAGAGGCAAAAGUGCACUGCGACAGCAAGAGUUUAUCCAAGCUGCUCCCUGGCCAUGGAGCCAUUUUGUCUGUGAAGUGCAAUGCUAAUGGCAGCAAAGUCAGCAUCUUUGUCAGCAGGGUGGAUGGGAGCAUUGAUUCCAAAAUCUGUUUCUAUGAUGUUGAAAUGGACCAAGUUACGCUCUUUGAUUUCAAGGCUGAACAGGGUGAUGGUAGAGAGAACCUUUCUGCUGGACAAGGCAUUGGGAAGUUUGUAGUGGAGUAUCCAGAGUUGCACAAUCACAUUCCUGCUUGCCAUUUCUGGGACCAGAGUGAACCAAGACUUUUUGUAUGUGAAGUAAUUCCUGAAACAGGCCUCCAACCUCCAGACCAAAAGAAAAACCAGACUGAGGGCACAAUGGAUGUUUGGAUUAUAUCAUUCUUCAGCACUGAAGAGCAUGGCCUUUUGCUGCAGGACAGCUUUCCAUUGCCUUCAUCCUACCAGGUUCUUCUCGGCAUAGAGGUGCCACAUUAUUACUUUGCAAAAAAGCUGGGAGAAGCUGAGAAGGGAGCAUCAGAGUCUGGCUCAGGAACAGUCUCUCAGAUGGCUGCAAGAAGACCCAUGAAAGAUUUCAUUGGAUUGGGAGACUGUGAUAAGACCACCCAGGAUGCCAUGCUGAACUUCAGUUACUAUCUAACUGCUGGAGACAUGGAUGAGGCCUUCAAAUCCAUCAAGCUGAUAAAAAGUGAGGCUGUCUGGGAGAACAUGGCUCGCAUGUGUGUGAAGACUCAGAGGCUCGAUGUUGCCAAAAUUUGCCUGGGGCACAUGGGUCAUGCAAGAGGAGCCAAAGCACUGCGGGAGGCUGAGCAAGAGCCAGAGCAGAAGGCCAGGGUGGCUGUGCUGGCCAUCCAGCUGGGCAUGCUGGAGGAUGCAGAGCAGCUGUACAAGGAUUGCAAACGGUAUGACCUCUUGAACAAGUUCUACCAGGCCUCCAACCAGUGGCAGAAAGCCAUCGAAACAGCCGAGGCUCACGACCGGGUCCACCUGCGCACCACCCACUACAACUAUGCGAAGCACCUGGAGGCAACAGGGCAGCAGAGCCUGGCACUCACCCACUAUGAAAAGUCAGACACACACAGAUUUGAGGCACCUCGAAUGCUCUCUGAAGACUUACAAGCCCUGGAGAACUACAUCAACAAGAGGAAAGACAAGAGCCUGUGGAAGUGGUGGGCACAGUACUUGGAGAGCCAGUCAGACAUGGAAUCUGCAUUAAAAUACUAUGCACUGGCUCAGGAUUAUUUUUCCCUAGUCCGUGUUCACUGCUUUCAAGGCAACAUUGAGAAGGCUGCUGAAGUAGCAAAUGAAACUGGGAACGGGGCAGCCUCCUAUCACCUGGCACGCCAGUAUGAGAGUCAGGAGGACAUCAAGCAGGCCGUGCACUUUUACAGCCGGGCCCAGGCAUUCAACAACGCCAUCCGCUUGUGCAAGGCGAAUAAUUUAAAUGAUCAGCUGAUGAACCUGGCUCUCCUGAGCUCACCAGAAGACAUGAUAGAGGCAGCCUGCUAUUAUGAGGAAAAGGGGGAUCAAAUGGACAGAGCUGUUAUGUUAUACCACAAGGCAGGACACUUCUCCAAAGCCCUGGAGCUGGCCUUCGCCACGCAGCAGUUCGGGGCCUUACAGCUCAUUGCUGAGGACCUGGAUGAGAAAUCCGACCCAGCCCUGCUCGCACGCUGCUCCGGGUUCUUCAUUGAACAUGCUCAGUAUGAGAAGGCAAUGGAGCUGCUGCUCACAGCCAGGAAGUACCACGAAGCUCUGCGGCUCUGCCUGGAACAGAACCUGACCAUCACUGAGGAGCUGGCCGAGAAGAUGACAGUCUCCAAGGAGUCCCAGGAUCUCUCUGAGGAGUCCCGGAGAGAGCUGCUGGAGCAAAUUGCCGACUGCUGCAUGAGACAAGGCAACUACCACAUUGCCACCAAGAAAUACACACAAGCAGGAAACAAGUUAAAGGCUAUGAGGGCAUUGCUGAAAUCUGGAGAUACUGAGAAAAUUAUCUUCUUUGCGGGAGUUUCCAGACAGAGAGAAAUUUAUAUCAUGGCAGCCAACUACCUGCAGUCACUGGACUGGCGUAAGGAUGCAAAGAUUAUUGCAAAUAUCAUCAGCUUCUACACCAAAGGAGGGGCCCUUGACCUCCUGGCAGGUUUCUAUGAUGCAUGUGCUCAGGUAGAAAUCGAUGAGUAUCAGAACUAUGAAAAAGCCCACAGAGCACUGACAGAAGCAUACAAGUGCCUUUCCAAAGCAAAGGCCAGAAGCCCUGUGGAACAGGAAAGCAAACUUGGUCACCUGCAGAGCAGGAUUAGUCUGAUGAAACGGUUCAUCCAUGCUCAGAGAGUUUACCCUGAAGACACUGAAGAAGCAGUCAGGCAGUGUGAACUGCUCCUGGCUGAACAGGACUUUGAUAAUGCCAUCCGGUAUGGCGACGUCCUAGGAUUUUUGGUUCAGCAUUAUGCACAAGUGGAGGAAUUCCAUACAGCUUAUCGCUACCUGGAAGAGAUGCAGAAAAGAAUUCCAGCCUUGAACCUGAGCUACUAUGUGUCCCCACAGACCAUGGAGGCCGUGCACCGAGGAGCUGGUGUUCCCAUGAGCCGAGCCCUGGCCCCAGCACACUCUGGCCAUGGCAGCAUGGACAACAGGGAGGAGGAAGAAGUGGCUGAUGAAGUGGAAGACCCCUGACAAUGAGCAUUUACCAAAUGCAAAGCUGAUUUUAUUAUCAGCUCAUUUAUUCCAUCCUCAUUAGGGGGCUCAGAUCAGUCACGUGCUGUUGCCACACAGCUUUUUGGUUAUUACCAAGAAAUUUAUUUUUCCUGCUUGACUGUACAAGCAACAGUAUUAAUGUGUUAGGGUUAAUAUGUUCUCUCAAGCACAGCAUACAGUAGUUCACAUGUACAUCCUGUUAAAAAGCUGAUUUUAGUAUUUUAAUAAAUUUGAGGAAGAAAAAAACAGUAAGAA